AUGGUUGCCUACAGGAAGCCAAUGAGACAAGAACACGAGCUACAGGUUGUGAAGAGAGUGCGCUUCGGGUCAAUGUCCACGGAACAGAAAGGAAGGAAGCGGGAUUGGGGACAGCAAGAAGUACAGCCAGGACUCAGAGUCAAAGGGGGCCUUCAUGGCCUUGCAGAAGGUUCUGGAGACAGUCUUGGUGUGCAGAACUCUCCGGAGAUGACUCAGAUUCUCAGUGAGCGUUCUUGGGGGACUGCCUUUCGACCAGCCACAGACCCCUACACUGGCGACCACAAAGGAUGGGGAGGGAAAGUGACAAAGGCUAAAAGAAUCAAAAACAAGAGAAUUAUUACGCUUGGUGGCUGUGUCCUUCAACUUUUCAUUGAUAUGGUACUGUGCUCAGUGGAAUGUAUCCUUCUGGCUGUGAUGUCUUAUGACCGAUUCAAUGCUGUCUGCAAGCCUCUGCACUACAUGACCAUUAUGAACCCCCAACUCUGUCGAACCCUGGUGGCCAUGACCUGGGGAGUUGGUGUUUCUAAUUGCAUGAUACUUUCACCCUAUGCCAUGAGUCUUCCCCGAAUGUGGGAACCACCAUUUGAUCAUUUUUGUGAAAUGUCUGCAAUGAUCAAGAUUGCGUGUGUGGACACCACAGCCAUGGAGGAAACCACAUUUGCUAUGUGUCUGAUUAUAGUUCUUGUUCCCCUUCUUCUCAUUCUGGUUUCUUAUGGCUUCAUUGCUGUAGCUGUGUUGAAGAUCAAAUCUGUUAAGGGAGAGUUAUUUGGGACCUGUUCCUCCCACCUCAUUGUGGUGUCCAUCUUCUAUGGGACUGUUAUCUACAUGUACAUCCAGCCAGGAAACAGUCCAUCUCAGGAUGAAGGUAAACUUCUCAGUAUCUUUUAUUCCAUUGUUACUCCCAGCUUGAACCCCCUGAUCUACACACUAAGGAAUAAGGAGUUCAAGGGGGCCAUGAAGAGGCUGAUCGGAAAAGAAAAACAUUCCUUGGAAACAACAGGACAAUGA